ACCCUGUGUUGUGUUGUGGGGGUAGGGAGGGUGGGGGCGGGGAGGGGGAUCGAACCUUGUGGCAAUAAGCAAGCCUCUGAAUUGCUGAGCUGGUUUUAAUUGAAGUGUGAAAGGAGGUUUUAAGGCAGAUAGACAACAUCCUGUUGUUCCCGCACUCCUCUCUCUUUUUCUGCACAUCUGGCUGAACUAGGAGUCAGGUGGCUGACUUGGGGCCCGGUUGCAGCAGCAGCGGCAUCUGCCUUCCACUGUCCCACGCCUCAGCGGCCCACGAGUCCACCAGGUCAUGGACGCAGUGGCCGUGUACCACGGCAAAAUCAGCCGGGAGACGGGGGAGAAGCUCCUACUUGCCACGGGUCUGGAUGGCAGCUAUUUGCUGAGAGACAGUGAGACCGUCCCCGGCGUGUACUGCCUGUGUGUGCUGUAUCAAGGUUACAUUUAUACAUACCGAGUGUCCCAGACAGAAACAGGUUCUUGGAGUGCUGAGGUAAGACUCCCAGCUGGGCCAUGUGGAAAGGACACGGGCAGGCAGAAUAAAAUUAGAGGGAACAUCGCAGUGGUUUUAAAGACAGCUCCUGGGGUUCAUAAAAGAUUUUUCCGGAAAAUAAAAAAUCUCAUUUCAGCAUUUCAGAAGCCAGAUCAAGGUAUUGUAAUACCUCUGCAGUAUCCAGUUGAGAAGAAGUGUUCACUUAGAAGUGCACAAGGUGCUACAGGGAGAAGAGAAGAUCCUGAUGUCUUCCUGAAAGCACCAUGAAGAAAAAUCAAAUACCUUGUACUUUAUUUUCUAUAAUUUAAAUAUAUGCUAAGUCUUAUAUAUUGUAGAUAAUACAGUUCAGUGAGCUACAAAUGUAUUUCUAAAACCAUCAUAGUCCUGUAAUGCAAGUAUCUAGUGUGAUGUAAAAGCUGAAAUGGACUUUGCCGAUAAUGUGGAGCUUUGAAAUAAGGUUAUUUUCAGUAUUAUUUACAAAUAGGAAAUGAUUUAAAGCAUAAUGAUACUUUAUAAAAGAUUAAUAUCAAUCCUUGCCAAAUAGAAAUUUUAAAAAUCCUGUUUUUUCUC